AUGAAGCGAAAACUCGAUGCUAAUGACGUGCCCUCCACGGAGGCGGCAGAGGGGAAAACAGCUAAAGAUGCGACUGACAUCGACUUCGAAAGUCUCAAUCUCGAUCCGCGCCUGCGCCAAGCUUUGAUAAAAGAGAAAUUUACCAAGCCUACAUUGGUUCAAGCUAAGGCUAUUCCUUUAGCACUUGAGGGAAAGGAUAUCUUGGCUCGCGCAAAGACUGGCUCCGGGAAGACUGCGGCCUACGUGCUCCCGAUCCUACAGACUAUUCUCCAGAAAAAGACUGCCGAUCCAUCUUUGAAAGCUACCACAGGCCUCAUCCUCGUCCCCACCCGAGAGCUCGCAGAUCAGGUCCAAAAGGUCGUCACCACGUUCGCUGCCUUCUGUGGAAAGGAUGUUCGCUCGGUGAACCUAACGCAGAAGGUUUCGGAUGCCGUGCAGCGUACAAUGCUGGCGGACCAGCCGGAUUUGAUUAUCUCGACACCUUCGCGUGUCAUUACCAAUCUCGGCAAUUCCGCUCUUUCUUUGGAAAACGUCACACACCUUGUGAUUGACGAAGCAGACUUGGUGCUGUCAUAUGGAUAUGAGGAAGAUAUUAAUGGAUUGGCAAAGGCAAUCCCUCGUGGUGUCCAGACGUUCCUGAUGAGUGCCACUCUUACGUCUGAGGUGGAUACAUUGAAGGGUUUGUUUUGCCGGAGCCCUGUUGUGUUGAAACUGGAGGAUAAGGACGACCAAGGUGCCGGCGUCAGUCAGUAUGUUGUCAAAUGCGCUGAGGAUGAAAAGUUUCUUCUCACCUACGUUAUUUUCAAGCUUCAGUUGAUCAAGGGCAAGGUUAUUAUAUUUGUUGGAGAUGUGGACCGUUGCUAUCGUCUCAAGCUGUUCCUUGAACAGUUCGGAAUCAAGAGCUGUGUGCUCAAUUCAGAAUUGCCCAUCAAUUCUCGGAUACACGUUGUUGAGGAGUUUAACAAGGGUGUCUACGAUAUUAUUAUUGCGGCCGAUGAACAAGAGGUUAUGGGAGCUCGGAAAUCAUCUAAAAAGUCAAAAGCGACUACUGGAGACGAGGACACCAAGGCAAUGGGCUCUAGUGACGAAGACGAGGAAGAGAAUACAAAGUCCACCCGUUCCAAUAAGCGCAAGAAGCUUACUGGAAAAGAAAAAGACUACGGCAUAUCUCGUGGUAUCGACUUUCAAAAUGUCGCUUGCGUACUGAACUUUGAUCUCCCCACGACUUCCAAGUCUUAUACCCACCGAAUUGGCCGUACCGGGAGAGCAGGACAGACAGGCAUGGCAUUGUCAUUUGUCAUCCCUUCGGAUCAGUUUGGCAAACAUAAGCCCACCAGUAUCUCAGCAGCGAAGGACGACGAAUCUGUUUUGGCCAAGAUAGUAAAGCGACAAGCCAAACUCGGACACGAAGUCAAACCGUAUCAUUUCGAAAUGAAACAAGUUGAUGCGUUCCGUUACCGAAUGACCGACGCUCUUCGCGCUGUGACUCGACUCGCUAUACAGGAAGCUCGUGCACGCGAGAUCCGUCAGGAACUGAUCAAGAGCGAGAAACUCAAGCGACACUUUGAAGACAAUCCUGAAGAACUGCGCCAGCUGCGUCAUGACGAUGAGGUCCGUUCUGCGCGCGUUCAACCUCACCUGAAGCAUAUUCCCGACUAUUUGAUGCCCUCUAAGGGUAGAAAGGGUAUUUCGAGCGAGGAUGUUGGAUAUGUGGCGUUCAGGAAAGCUAGUGAUAAUCGGAUUCGGAAUGCAAGGGAUAAAAACCGUACAAAGGGGAAGGGCAAGGGCCGGCACUAUGCCGGUGUGAAGAAGAGGGUAGAUCCAUUGAAGACAUUCAAUCGGGGGAAAAAGUGA